AUGAAAAUGGUCGAUUCCAAAGUCCUGGUCUACUUCACAGUUUACAUAGCGAUUGUCAGUUGUGCAACAAUAGGAAAAUUGCUCCAAGUUCCUGAUAAGGAUCCAACUUUAAAGGCUCUGGUCUACAAGGAUGGUCUCCCAAAAGCCAAUACAAAAAUCCAUGACAAUGUGCUUUGGGUACCAGCGACCACUCAAUUUUCAGCCAGACGGAUUACUGUAAUGAAUCAGGGAAAGUUGUACAGCACAUGGACAUACGACAUGCUUCUUCAGCAAAGUGAUUGUCGUAGUAGUACAACACCAACAUCCGACUUGCCAGGAUGCAAGCCCAAUUCAUCGUCCCCAAAAACACUCUGCAGUGUCCAUACUUCACUUUUUGACAAUGAUUUGUCUUCAGCCGAGACUGAAGUUUAUUGUACUAAAGCUUGA